AUGGCAAAAUGUGGAGCCUGUGGCCCAGGAUAUGCAACUCCUCUGGAUGCCAUGAAAGGGCCCCGUGAGGAGAUUGUUUACGUGCCCUGCAUCUACAGGAAUACUGGCAAGGACAAGCCUGACUACCUGGCCACUGUGGAUGUGGACCCCAAAUCCCCAAGCUACUGUCAGGUGAUUCAUCGCCUGCCCAUGCCCAGCCUGAGGGAUGAGCUCCACCACUCUGGGUGGAACUCCUGCAGCAGCUGCUUUGGGGAUGCCACAAAGAAGAGGAACCGACUGAUCCUGCCCAGUCUCAUCUCCUCCCGCAUCUACGUGGUAGAUGUAGGGACAGACUCACGAGCUCCCAAACUCCAUAAGAUUGUUGAGCCAAUGGAGUUGUUCUGGAAGGGGAACGUGGCAAAUCCUCACACUUCUCACUGUCUGGGCAGCGGUGACAUCCUAAUCAGCUGCUUGGGAGACCCUGCUGGCAAUGGAAAAGCUGGCUUCAUCCUGCUGGAUGGGGAAACCUUUGAGGUGAAAGGGAACUGGGAGAAAGGGGAAAAGAUGCCCAACCUGGGCUAUGACUUCUGGUAUCAACCCCGCCACAACGUCCUGCUGAGCACUGAGUGGGGACCCCCAAAAGUCUUGGCAGAUGGCUUCAACCCAGCUGAUGUUGAGAGAGGGCACUAUGGCCGCUACAUCAAUGUGUGGGACUGGAGCACCCACAGGUUCAUCCAGGCAGUGGACGUGGGGAAGGGCUCCAUACCUCUGGAAAUUCGCUUCCUCCACAACCCAGAUGCUGCAGAAGGCUUUGUUGGGUGUGCUCUGAGUGGAGCUGUGCAGCGCUUCUACAAGACAGAGAAGGGAGACUGGGCAGCAGAGAAGGUGAUUGAAGUACCCAGCAAGAAGGUGAAGGGCUGGCUGCUUCCUGACAUGCCUGGUCUCAUCACUGACAUUCUGAUCUCCCUGGAUGACAGGUUCCUGUACUUCAGCAACUGGCUGCAUGGGGAUGUCCGCCAGUAUGACAUCUCCGACACCCACAGACCCAGGCUGGUGGGACAGGUGUUUCUGGGAGGCAGCAUCACUAAAGAUGGGGCUGUGACUGUGGUUGAGGACAAGGAGCUGCAGUGCCAGCCAGAGCCCUUUGUGAUCCAAGGGAAGAAAGUUCCAGGUGGCCCUCAGAUGAUCCAGCUCAGCUUGGAUGGGAAGAGGCUGUACGUGACCACCUCUCUCUACAGCGACUGGGACAAGCAGUUCUACCCAGAUCUUGUCAAGCAAGGCUCUGUUAUGCUGCAGAUUGAUGUGGACUCCGACAGAGGUGGCUUGAAAGUGAAUCCAAACUUCCUGGUGGAUUUUGGGAAGGAACCUGAUGGUCCUGUCCUGGCUCAUGAGAUUCGUUACCCUGGUGGAGACUGCACCUCUGACAUCUGGCUCUAA